CGUUUGGAGCAGUGCUGCCCAGCAGCCUCGGUUUCUCGGAGACCUGCAAGUCCGGUGUCCGCCAUUAUGCCGCUCGGCGCCCUGCGGGCUGGACCGAAAGGCAGCACGUCGGUCCGCGGCUAACCGUGCGCCCUGGUUUGCUGUCACCUUAAAAGCAACAACGCCUCGUCCUACGGUUGUGAUGUAGAGUGAGACAAAAUGCCCGGAAAAGCUUGGUCUGGUGGCUCAGGCCUGAAAUCCCCGUUUCUGAGGGAGCUGAGACAGGAAGCCCGGGAGUCUGGGAAUGUUGGUUAUUUCGGUCUCUUACGUGACUUCUAUUGACCUAGCAAAUGACAUUGUGCACUGCAGUGCUGAGAAGAUACUCCCAAGGAUACAGCAGUGAUUCAGUGAAAGCAACAGACUUAUUUUGUGUUUAUCUGGGCAAUCCUGGACAAGAGUGAUGCCUCCAGGCAGGUGUUAUGCUGCCCACUCAGCUCAGGCUUCAAGGGAACACGGGCACCUUCGUACAGUAAAGAAGGAAGAGGAUGAUGAUGACUAUACUUCAGUGCAGACUGCCAGGCCACAGACACUUAACCGCCCUGGCCAGGAACUAUUCCGUCAGCUCUUUCGGCAGCUUCGCUACCAUGAGUCUUCUGGGCCCCUAGAAACUCUGAGCCGGCUCCAGGAGCUCUGCCGCUGGUGGAUGAGGCCAGAUGUUCUUUCCAAAGCACAGAUGUUGGAGCUGCUGGUGUUGGAACAGUUCCUGAGCAUCUUGCCUGGAGAGCUCCGGACAUGGGUGCAGCUCCAUUGCCCUGAGAGUGGUGCGGAGGUUGUGGCCCUGCUAGAAGAGCUGCAGAAGGAUCAUGAUGGAACACUACUGAGGGACCCAUGCCUUGCUCAGAACCCAGAUGUACAUUGGAUAGGCACUAGACCUCUGCAGUCUGCACAGAUAUGGUCCCCAACUUCACGUCUCAGGAACAGUUCUGCUCUAGAGGACCAUUUGGAGCCUCCAUGUGGAAUAGGAGUUUAUAACUUCCUGGCUGGGCAAGAUGAUUCUCCCACUGUCUCGGUGCCUGCCCAUUUCCAGAUAGAAGAGGACACAGGAUACCAGGAAGCUUUGACUUUCCAGGAUGUGAAGGUGACCUUCUCUCAGGAAGAGUGGGGAUGUUUGGACUCGGCUCAGCGCAAUCUUUAUCGGGAUGUUAUGCUGGAGAAUUAUGGGAACGUGGUUUCUGUCGUGGGGUCAUCUCCCAAACCUGCCCUGAUAUCCUGGCUGGAAGCAAGGAAGCCAUCGACCGUGAAUAUCUGCAAAGUUCAGCCUAAGAGGGAUUCAGGUACUGCCCCUGAAGCAGGUAAGCCCCAAAUUAAGUCAAGCAAAUUCAUCUUGAAACAGGACCCUUCAGAAUACACAGAAACCUUUGCAGUGCCAUCAGUGUGUCCUGAGACAAGUGUUUCUGAGGGAACAGGACUCAAAGAAACUUUGGAACAAAAGAGCAGGCUACCGAAGCCCUGUGGAAGCCCCAUACAAGUGAGAGAGGUGAAGGAAGGAACUGACAUCAGUAACAGGACAGGAAAAGAAUCUGAAGUAUUGGGAAGCAGUAAUAUUCUUGAUAUAAAACAUGUUAAGUGUGUGAGUGUUUCUAAGAAAAAGCGAUUCUUUAAGCAUGGCCGUGACAGAUACUUCAGAGAAAGAUCACACCAUUAUAAUAAGAAAUAUGGGGAAGGGCUCAGAGACACAGUUGAGGGAUGUGGUGUAUAUCAGAGUAUUCACAAUGGACUAAAAGAGAGUGAAAAGGACACAUGUGGGAAGGACUUCAUCCUUAGCUCUCAUCACCAAAGGGAACAGAAUGUUCAUACAGUAAGAGUGUACAGGUGCCAUGAUUGUGGGAAGACCUUUGGUAAAAGCUCCCAUCUUGAAUAUCAUCAGAGAUGCCAUUUUGAAGAGAAACUGUUUCAAUGUAGGGUAUGUAAGAAAGCCUUCAAGUGGCGUUCAAACUGUGUGCGACAUGAGAAAAUUCACACUGGAGUGAAACCUUAUAAAUGCAGCUCUUGUGAGAAAGCUUUCUAUCGUCUGUCAGCCUACCGUCUGCACCAGGAAACCCACACUAAAAAGAAAUGUGAAUCCAUCCAGUACAAAGAAGCUCUCACCUGCACCUUGGAUCUCAAUCAUCAUUUGACAGACGAGAGUGAGGAGAAACACUUGGACUGCAGCCAAUGUGGGAAAUCCUUCUGCUGUAAGUCCUAUGUUCUUCAACACCAAAGGAUUCACACACAGGAGAAACCUUACAAAUGUACCAGAUGUAGGAAAACCUUUCGGUGGAGGUCAAACUUUUCUCGUCAUAUGAGACUGCACCAGACACGAGAGUUCUGUAAACAAGAGAAAUGUCGAGAAGACUUCAAGCAGAAUUGCAGUCAGUCUCAGGUUAUCUCUACUGUGGAGAAAAAUUUUUCAUGUCAGCAUUGUGGGAAAACUUUUACUCAAGACAAAUCACUCAUUGAGCACCAGAGGAUUCACACAGGGGAGAAACCAUACCAAUGUAGUGAGUGUGGGAAAACAUUUACCUAUAGGUCAGCUUAUAUUAUUCAUCUGAAGCAUCACAGUAUUAAAAGAAAACCUGAAAGUGGUCUAUCUGUUAGUCAGGAUACAAUGUUUCACAGUAUUAGAAGCAAACCUGAAAGUGGUCUACCUGUUAGUCAGAAUACAAUGAUUCACAUUCCUCAGAGCAGUCAUAAUACAGAAGAGCCUCACAAAUGUAAAUACUGUGGCAGAACGUUCCGCAUUCGCUCAUUCCUUCUCAUUCAUCAGAGAGUUCACACUAGAGAGAAACCCUAUAAAUGCAGGGAGUGUGGAAAAGCCUUCCGAUGGAGUUCCAAUCUCUCCCGACAUGAGAGGCAACACUCUUUUGAGUAUCCUGAAAGUAAAGAGACUUCAAAUCUAGAGUCAAAAAUUCUCACUGAUCAGAAGCCCUUUUGGUGUCAAGAAUGUGGGAAAACCUUUACACGUAAAAGAAGCCUUUUAGACCAUAAGGGAAUACACAGUGGAGAGAGACGCUUUAAGUGCAACUUGUGUGAAAAAUCUUUUGAUAGAAACUAUCGUCUUGUUAAUCAUCAGAGGAUACAUGCUAUAGAGAGACCUUUUCAAACUCAGUGGCAUGGUAAAGAUUUUGUUGGGAUACGUGUCCGUUCUGUUGACCAGAGAAAACACAGCAGAACACUGCAUUUGGAACGUAGCUUGCACUCAGAUAAUCCAGGCUUAUCUUCUCGUCGGGAUGCAAGGUUAAAUAGUCAGGAAUUAAAACUGAGUAGAAAGAAGCCCCAUAAAGAGUGUGAGAAUCCUUCUGAUAAGAGCUCCAGGUUCAUUGCAUUCCAGAAUGUAUCCACUAAGACAGGCUGCCACAAAUGUAGUAUUUGUGGGAAAACAUUUAGCAAGCAUUCACAACUCAUUAGCCACAGAAGAUUUCACACCAGAGAGAGGCCCUUCAAAUGCAAAGUAUGUGGGAAGACCUUCAGGUGGUCUUCCAAUUUAGCUCGGCAUGUGAAAAACCAUGUUAGAGAUUAGCCUGGGGUCUCUGACGGUGUGUGUGUGUGUGUGUGUGUGUGUGUGUGUAAUAGUUCCUGGUUACAUUCCUAGAGAACUUGUUGUUAGACACUGGGAAAAACCUUUGCAAAGACUUAGUCCUUUCUGUUCUUGGUGUGGAAUCUUGAGGAUUUAAAAGCUCAGGGACUCCUCAGUCUACCUGCUGAAAAGUGGUGCUAGAGAACAAUGUUCUGGGGGGCCUUAUGGAGGUCCUGGUCCCUAGGUGUAGCCCAGGACUGACAGCCAGGUCUCUUUGGUAACUCUUGCUGUCUGUUAUUAGAAAGUGUGUCUCUGUGGCUUUAGUAAGGUGGUCUGCUGGGAAGGGGCCAUUUAGAUCCUCAGUUCCUCUUUAGGUUUGGCUUGUUUCAGUCAGUGGCUGUUCUGUUGACUUUCAAAGCAAUGGCACAAAGAACUUGUAGUCUCCUAGGGAGCUCUGCAGGCUGGGACUUCAGUUCCCAGUUGGUUUUGUGGUUAUUAGCUAUGGUCCUAAAGUGGUCUCAGUGGCAAGUGAAAAGGACAGGGUGCUGGGCUCCAUUUCUUGAUCUAGACAGGCAGCAUUAAUCAUUUCUAGAUAUAAGCACACCCUUCACAUGCCAGUGACCAGAACUUUGGAUCCCUGUCUUCCUUAAAUGAGUUAGGUCAUAUUCUGGAUGGUGAUAUGUGUUGAGGACAAAGUAAACCAGAGAAGAAUGGCAGGGAACCUGGUUUGGAUGUGGGCUGUAAUUUUAAAUGGGCUGGCCUGAAGUACUGCUAAAAGUGAAAGCUAACUAGGGCCAGGUAUUGGGAGGCAGUGGCAUCUCUACGAGUUCCAGGAUAGCCAGAGCUAAGUAGAGAAACCUUACCUCAGAAAAACAAAAACAAACAAAACCCUAAUUGACUAAAAAGCUUAAGGGAGUUGGGUUGUAGGGUAAGCCAUGUUGAUCUAUGGGGAGAGAACUCAAGGUGGAGGAAGUAGGAUCUUGUCUGGUGAUUUUAGGGGUUAGUAUAGAGGCCCUUGGGUGGAGUAUAGUGAGCCAUCCUAAGAGUGGACUGAAGUUGCGUCCUGGGUCCAGUCUUAUAGAGGUGAUGUUUACACAUUAGUUGUCAUGUCAUGUCUCUGGUAUAUCGCUCUGUUCAUAAUCUGGAUUAUCCUGGGACCUUGUCCUUGAGUCCCCACUGCUCCCAUCUCUUGUGAGGCCCAUACCAUAACUGCUAGUGUCACCUGGGUUUACCAGCUAGUUUGUCACUGCUGCCUGACCAGCUACAUGGGAAAGCUGAGCUUGGGUACUUACGUGGAUAGAGAUUUUGCAAAACAAACACCAUUGCUUCUCUAAGCUGGAAAAAUGACUCUGCACUUAAGUGCUUCUGUUGCCCUUGCCUGGGUUCAGUUCCCAGCACCACAUGGCAGAUCACAACCACCUACAGUCCCAGGGGAUCCCAUGCCCUGCCCUGACUUCUGCAUGCACCAGACAUGCAGGUGGCUCUCAGACAUACAUGCAAGCAAACUACUCAUAAGUAAGAAAGACAGUCAAAAUACAGUAUGAGUUUUUUAAAAUCUUUAUUUCAAAAUUGCCUCUAAAGAUACCUAGUUCUUGCCAAGUCAGGGGUGGAGCUUUAAGUGAGCCUUGAUUAGACAAGUUGGGGAUACUUUUUAAAACAGGCCUUUUAAAACAGUCAAGUAUUGGAUGAAAGUCAUUCAGAAGUACACAGCUGCUGGGUAGGAGCCCAGCUGUGAAUGGUUUUAAGUAUAGAGUGCUGGAUGACAGCUUCUGAUUGUCUUGGCAACUAUGUCUGAUCUUGAACUUGGAGUGGAAAGCACAGGCUUUUUGAGCAUGGCCUUUCCACCGCCUGAGAAACUGAAGUUGUGGGUGGGGAUAGACAGAUGGGCUGAGACCAUCAUGGAGGAGUAGAUGUCAGGUGGCCUCUUCUUGUUCACCUGGUCAGUGUAGUCAGUCCCAUCCUAACUGAAGACUGUCAGACCAGUGUGCAGAGAAGAAGGGCUAUCGUAGCAAUCCCUUAGGAAAGUUAGUUCUGAAGUGUGAAGUGGGUGGAACAACUGGGGUUGGGACUCCUUUAUAAAUGGAAGUUAAGACAGAUUGCCCAGCCAGGCAACUUGAAAAGUUUUAUGAAAUUGUAAGUUUAUCCAGUGGGGCCCUGCCCCGGCCAGCAGGGCUUCAACAGGAACUCGACCACCCUAAGGACGGAAUGAUAAGGACAGGAGACACAAAGGAAGACACCAAGACAGGAUUCUGAUCAAGGUGCAACUUUAUUUUUCUCCAAGAGGGUUGAUAUAGCUCUUGCAGGGUGAGGGGUACAGGAAGCUGUUAUCUGCGUGAAGCUUAUCUGCGUGAAGCAAGCCAAUGCAGCUGCAGGAUGUUCGCGUAGGAUGUUUAUGCAGGAUGUUGACAGGGUGAAAAGGCCAAGGGCUGUAACUCAAUGCCCUGUCGCUAGGCAACCUGACCCGCAGGAUGUUCUAGUUCCCUGUCUUAAGUGGGGAGGGGGGCUGUAUUUUUCCAUUAAGCUCUAGAUUCUAAGGGUCUGUAUUUUUCCAUUAGCUAGAGGUUCUGUCCUUGUCCCUGACAGGUCCCUUCUAGGAUUAAUGUGAAGAACAAUGAACUCACUGCAGCAGUUUUUAGAUAGUGGGACUGCAGAAUCCUGUUUGCCAUCAGCAGAACAGAUGGUACAGGAGAAUAUGAAACUCAGUGUGGGAGUACACACCUGUAAUCCUAAUGUGGGAUGCUCAUGCAAGAGGACCAAAAGUUCAAAGCCACCUGAGGAUAAAGAACAAGACCCUGUCUCAAAACAGAACAAAAACAGUGACUAUAGAAGAGUUACAUCCUCCAACUCAACUCAGAAAACUACACUAAAUUUGCAGAAGCUGUAUAUAAUAUACUGUUUAUAUGAAGUUGAAGCUUAUUGAAAGUGGGGUUUUGGUUUCAUUAUUUCUUUAAGUGGGAUGGAGUACUAACCUCAUAGGGCGGUGGUGGGGCAGUAUUGAAAUGCAUGUUUAACGUCGAGACUAGUGUCUGUCAUGUAAACAUUCCUGAUGUAUAAUAGAGUUAAUGUUUUGCACAAUUUUCUGUGGAUUCAAAAAACAUGAAAUAAGAGUGUAAACUUAUGAACAGAAUCAUGUGUGCUAACCAUUGCUCCAUUGCCUUUGGGUAUGAGGUGCUGGUGAAGUCAGAAUGAAUACAUGGGGCUUCCCUUGUUUUUCUAGAAAUUGAUAUAAAUACACCCUAAAAUUAUGAUUAACAGGAUAAUGUUGUGGGUACUUUUGACUGUUAAAAUAUAUUAAAAUAAAGAACCUAAGCAUGGCCUCUGA